AUGAUGGCAGGAUCACCAAAGUUGGUGCUCGGGAGUUUGCAUAAUAUCAGCGAGCGUAGCAUCUUCUUUAUCCCACUCGAGAAUGAUCGUCUCGACUUGAAGACCGUUAGCACAGCUCCCCCGUCGCACCGCAGCGUACUCCAGCGCAAUGGUUUGGUAGCAAAGGUGUGCGUUGGCGUAACGCUUUACGAAGCGUGGGCCCCAACCACCUCGCCGCCCUCGUACACGUCACCAGGAGGCGAGACGUGCGCGUCCGACGCAGCCGAUUCAGUGGGGCAGCACACACUAUCCGCAGCGAGGCGAGAGGAGCUGUGUCGUAGUGCGCUGGUGUACGCCGGAUUGCUACAUGAUAGAUGGGAUGGGUUAGUAAUUCCAGAAGAAUUCGCGGCGACGCCGUGGCCAGUGCACACCGAAAAACAGUACACGGAACUCAUGGAAGAGCUGAUGAUACGGAAGGUUUGUGCCACAGUCAACACCUCAGGCUUCUGUGUACCUGUCUUGUCCAUUGACGAGUUCGUUUACAAGCACAAGGGAGUGCGAGUAUGUCUUGGUGUGACGUGGAUGCCGCGCUACCCGCAGAACCUGUGGCAGUGGGCGGCUCAGUUUGCGCAGUCUGGCCACCGCGUGCCAGAAGCAUCGCUCCUAGCGCUGUUACACCACAUGACGGCCGGCGCACUCUCACUGAGCACGGCCAUCAGCACGGCAAGCAGACUGAAUGCAACACCUUCCUUGUUCGUUGCACUGGAGAAGGUGCUUGUGUACCAGGCCGUGGAAGUGGUAAAGAGGACUGCGAACAAGGCUGACUCAGAGGAGGUGGGGGGAGGCUUAACGUUUGUGUUAUCUACCGGCGCGUUCAAGUGGCGGCAAGCAGAGCCAUGUGCUGACAAGAACAGCGAGAGAAACGCGACUGCACACUUCUGCAAAGAAUGUCGGAUAAAUCACGUGAUCGUCCCUGAGGCGGAGCUGUUGGUUUAUCGUCCGCCUGAGGAUUGUUCUCCAGAGCUGUAUCCAACGAACGGCAACGCGGCCGCAAAGCGGGUUGCCUGGGAACUUGGCGUCGUGAUCUACCUCCUCGCCGCUGGCGCUGCCGGCACAGGCAACGCCCCCGCCGUCACAUCUCCGUGCCACCGUAGCUCCCGCUCUGUUCGCCUGCGCGAGCUGGCGCCGCUCAACUCAGCGGACCACACUCCUGACUCGCUGUGGAAGCGACUGCGGCACGAGCUGGAGCGCCGUGGCUACAGCAGCACAAUCGUGACCGUGGUUGCACAGCUCCUCUCGCUUGACCCCCUUACGCGACCAUCGCUGAACACCGUGGACCAUAUGUUACAGGAACUCCAACGUCCAACCCCUGUGCGCCGCUUUCCGUUUGCUCUGGGCUCGUACAACCUGCUGCGGAUGCCGAACCCGACCGACGUCAGCCUAAACCCCGGCGCACGGCGGUAUACCAUGGAGGGCAGGUGCGUCUUAUGCAAAAGACAGCGUGGGAGCACGGCAUCGUGCGCCAAGGGCAGCGACCACAUACCGGGCUUGUCAUCGCCGUCAUGGUCUGACGAUGAGCUUCUGCCUCAGUUGCCCGGCAUGCACUCGCACUACAUCACCUUUCUUUAUCCUUUAUGCGGGUCUAGCGACGCGCGUCGGCGACGCAAACUAGUGGCACUGGCCUUACAAAUCCCCCACGGGAGCACCAAAGCCAGCAGCAGCAUCGUCCGCGACACCGCGCCACUGCUGGACAGUACGCUGCUGUUUCAGGUGUUUGGCGGCUUCGCCGUGUACGAGCGGGUGCUGGAUCUCAACACGAAGGGUCAGGCCUUCUACCGCGUGACGGUGAGGGAGGUGCUCGUCCCGUACCCGAGUGAGGGGCUGCGCCGCUCAGAGUUGACGCUGGUUAAGCUCACAAUCGAUUUUUGCGGCGGCCUCCCGUGGCCAUCCUCCUGCACAGAAAUUUUACAGAAAAGCGGCCGUGUCUCCCGCAGUGCUCCAUUGGGCUUCACUGGAGCCCAGCACGACGUGGAGUGGUUUGGCUGGGUUCUUCCUGGCGAGCGCUUCAGCUUGCCAAACGGAGGUCAUUGGACGGCGCCGCGCGAUGGCGCCUUCGUGUUCUGGUUCAGCUCGGACCUGCGGCCAACGGAUCGUGACCGCUACUUUGCCUUGACAAGUUUGCGCGCUGCGACGCUGGCAGCAACGCUGUCGCGCACUGUGAUGCCUGAUUCACUCUUUCGGCUACACGCUGGCGACAAGGGACGCGUCGGUAAUCUUCUGGGGGGUCGCGUGGUGAGUGUCACCCGACCUAGCGCUUACCUGAGACGCUUCAGCAUGUUGCGGGGCAGCAUACUGCACCGCCGCUCGUGCGACAGCGUGGCAGACAUUGUCCUGCCCUCGGCAACGCGCGAAAUCGUGGAGGAGGGGGAGAAGAUGGACACCCUUCCGGCGCAUGGUCUGCUGUCUCUCUACGCCUUACCGGUGCAAAAUACGCAGGAAGAGCCACCGAACAAUAGGCGACGCCGGCCCAGCAGCAUAAAGAACAGGGUGCCGUCGCGCUGCACUGCCGCGUUCCCUGUGGGGGUUAUCGAUGCCGUUGAAGCAACUUCUGAGGCACAGAGGCGCUCUGAUGCCACCCCUACUCUAUCGCUCUUUCGUCUGGCGAAGGGCACCUCGUACCGAGACACACCCACCACACAUCCGCUCCAUCACCCUGGUCGUUGUUUCGAGACACCAAGGCCAGAUGCGUGCGCCAGUGCCGACCGCACGAAGUCGUUAUCACCGGACUUGGCAGAGACAUGCAACCAAACGCGCUUGACGGAGCGCAAUGCCACCCAGCUACCCGUGUACCACGACGCCAGCGCCAACCGCGCACGAGCCGUGGCUGCUCCUGAGCAAAGCACCCCGCCCGCAGUGUCGCGCUCCCUCAUCUCUGGGCGGAAGAAGACGUGCGAGUUACAUGCCAUGACGGUCUCCUUUGAAGAGCUGCGUGAUGCGGCAGUGGUGCAGUCUCAAUCUGGCGCGCCGUUAAGCGUUGUCGCUGAGCGUCCUGUCUUGAGUGCAAUAGCGUUGGCACAGUCGAUGCCCUUCACGCAAAGCAUCAGUCGCAGAGGCUCGCCGCGACCCUUGAAGCUGCGCACUGUCGCUUAUUGUGGGACGGGGGAGGUGGGCAUCGAGGAAACCUCCUCGGCGACGACGCCGAAGCUGCCACCGAUUAGCGGCGCCCAGUCUUCUGGACUCCGCGACAUGCAUGUCAACGGCGUGUGGCUGCCAAGCGAGACGGUAGAUGCGACAUUCCGUGCACUGACGUUCUGCGUCCUCGCCACCGGUGAGCACGGUUACAUGCACCCACCAGUGAAGAUCUCUACAGGGGUGGCGCAUGCCAUCCGUGCGCUGCCGGGCGCGGCGUUCUUGUCCUUUCUGUCGAAUCAGGUGCCGCUGCUUCACCACAAUCAUCCACAGCUGGACGCGGUGGCUCUCUCGCUGAUGCUACCUCACCACGGGUUCACGUGCUACGCUGCAGACGGUACCCUUUUGGGAGUCCUGGCACUGCGGUGCAGCACCAAGACUGACCCAGACGCCACGGCUGGCGAGUUUGAGCUCGUGACGCAAGCCAGCGCGACGUGCCGCAGGAAAAGCGAUGCCUUGCGUACCAUAUAUGCGUCGUACGUGGCGGGGAAUGUUGGAGCUGAAGCGCAUAGGAGGCGAGUCAGUGUCAGUGCAAGCAAGGCAAGAAACGACGACGGCACCGCGGACGGAGAGGCCAGCCCUCUGCGCCACAUGUCCUACGUGCCGCACCGUGCGUCAGGUAAUCGAAAUAGGUGGGCCAACACCCCAGAGAACCAGACGCUGAGCUUUACGAGUACCCGUCCUCUCGUGGGCGACUUCACUCCAAGCGAAAACGGCGACAUAUCGCUGUCUCCGACGCAGGGGACGGACAUGGCACUACCGGCGUGCUGGAUGGACUUUGACGAGGCGUCCACGGCGCUUCUGUUUGCAGACGCGGAGCAGUCAAUGUGGGUGCCGUACAGGAUCGGUGAAUAG